AUGGCCAAGCGCACGCUACUGCUGCUGCUGGCAGUGUGGGUGCUGGCUGGGGAGCUGUGGCUGCAAGCUGAAGCCCGGGCUGCACCCUACGGUGUGAAGCUUUGUGGCCGCGAGUUCAUCAGAGCAGUCAUUUUCAUCUGUGGGGGUUCAAGGUGGAGACGGGCUGACGUCUUGACCCAUGAAGCUAUGGGGAACACCUUCCCAGAUGCAGAAGUUGAUGCAGACAGCCUGGCAGGCGAGUUGGAUGAGGCAGUGGCCUCCAGUGAGUGGUUGGCCCUGACCAAACCCCCCCAGACCUUCUAUGGUAGCCAGUCCAGCUGGCAAGGAAGCCCAGGGGCUCUGCGGGGUGGCCGAGACGUCCUGGCUGGCCUCUCCAGCAACUGUUGCAAGUGGGGCUGCAGCAAGAGUGACAUCAGCAGCCUCUGCUAG